AUGGCUUCGGAGCAGCUCAAUGUCAUUGCCCUAAUCUCGGGAGGCAAAGACAGCUUCUUCAAUCUGAUCCACUGUAUAGAGCACGGCCAUCGGAUCGUAGCUCUUGCAAAUCUUUUCCCAGGGUCAGGGACUUUGACAUCCGACUCAAGCGCAGGCACACUUUCAGGUGUCAACGGUAUCCCACGCGGACAAUCACCGUUCCGUCAGGAAGACGCCACUGAGGCUGGGUCGAGGACCAGUGACCACGCAUCCACUGAUAUCCUAUCUCCAGAGGGCUUCCAGCAUAUCCAUCCGGAGACGUGGGUACCUCAGCCUCCCGAAAGACAUGGACAUGAUGGCCAGGACUCCGGGGAGCCUUCCGAUACGGAUCUGAACAGUUUCAUGUACCAAACUGUCGGGCACGAGGUCCUCCCCCUGUACGCCGCUGCAACCGGUCUGCCACUCUAUCGCCUGCCCAUCACUGGGCGUGCGGUUCGCCACGAGAGGGACUACGAUGCCACGGUCGAAGCUCAGGACAAGGACAAGGGCGAUAGCGGCGACGAAACAGAGUCAAUGUUGCCCUUGCUACAGGCUAUUGUCGCCCGCCAUCCAGAGGCCAAUGCUGUCUGUGCAGGUGCCAUCCUGUCCACCUACCAGCGUACCCGUGUUGAGUCAAUAGCACUCCGUCUGGGUCUUGUGCCCCUGGCCUACCUAUGGCAGUAUCCGAUCUUGCCACCCCCGCCUGGAGCCAUCGCAGACGACACCCAGUUGCUAAUCGAUAUGGCUAACGCUGGGCUGGAAGCACGGAUCAUCAAAGUUGCCAGUGCUGGUCUAGACGAAGACCAUCUGUGGGAACGCGUGUCAAGCGAGACUGGCUCACGUCGUGUCAAGAGCGCGUUGCGCAAAUUUGGCUCGACUCAAGGCGCCGCAGCUUUGGGAGAGGGUGGCGAGUUUGAGACGCUUGUUGUGGAUGGUCCUUACUCAGUGUUUAGGAAGAGAAUUUCCAUCCUGGAACAGGGGCGUAAGAUCGUGCGUGAAGGAGGUGGCUGCUCAUGGCUGUUGCUGGCUGGUGCACGGGUAGAGGAUAAACAAGAUCCUGCACCCAAUUCAACAGUUCGGGUGCCCGAUCUCCUCGAUCCACGAUUCAAGGCUGUGUUUGAUGAGCUGCCAUUAGCCCUGGACCAACUGAGGGAUAUAGACGCCUUAGCAGUUACCGGGAAGCCGGUGCCGCUGACCAAAAAUACAGUGUCCUCAACUGAGGAUGUUGAAACUCAGCGUUGGUCUGUUCUUCCAGACGCCACCACAGGUGAAAGGUCAAUCCAAGAGGAGACUAUUCAAGUGGUAGAGAAGAUCAGAGUGCUAGCGUCAGAAGCUGGUAUUCAGCUCUCUCAGGUCACAAACACUAUCAUUGUUCUACGGCACAUGUCAGACUUCCCAAAGGUCAAUGGUGAGUACGGGAGAUUGUUCCCAAAACCAAACCCGCCAUCUCGAGUGACUAUUUCUUGUGGCGAACUACUGCCUGGAGGCGUGAACAUUGCUGUCUAUCUCAGUGCGCCUACACCCAAGACGUCACAAGACCGCAAUGGCCUACAUGUACAAUCUAGAUCUUACUGGGCGCCUGCAAACAUAGGUCCAUACAGCCAAGCCAUCGAUGUGCCGGUAACAGCUCACCUUCAAGCAACAGGGCUGAGAUGCAUCUCUAUUGCAGGGCAGAUACCCCUGAUCCCAGCAACGAUGCUGUUACCUAACCCAUUUGAAAAGUCACACGAGCUCCAGAUAGUGCUGUCUCUACAACACCUCUGGCGAGUAGGCCAAGAGAUGAAGGUUCAGUGGUGGACAAGUUCUGUUGCUUACUUCCCACGGGCUAGCUCCUCAGUUGAGAUCCAGCGCAGUGCUCAGCUUGCAGGACAUGUCUGGAGGAAAGCACACGGGUCUCCAGAAGAAGAAGAAGACGCUGAUGGUGGCCCCGAUCUUUGGGACCUGAAGUUCAAUCCUGCUUACAUGUCACUCGGUAACGAUGAUAAGACAGCCCGAAAGGUCAUUCCUGACUGGGAUGCGCUCACUCUUCGUCAACAGAACGAGCCUGAGACAUGCGUCCCUCCUAUGUUUGCCGCUGAAGUCGAAGAGCUACCACGGCAGGCAGCAGUAGAGUGGCACGCUCAUAACGGCCUUUCCAGAGUUGAAGAGGGCAGCCUUGUGUUGGUUUCUCUUUCCGAAGUCAAUGCUCCUGGCUGGAAUACAUGGCAUUCAGUUGUCACAACCGAAACUGCAACUGUUGUAUACAGUACGGUGUCAUAUAUUUGCGCUGAUGGGGCCCAGUCUUUGGCUCUGGGCGACUUAAAAACGGAUAUGCAAAAAGUCGUCCGUGAGUCUUUCCAGCGACUCCUUCCUCAAGGACCAGAGGUUGUACAUAGUAAGCUUUCUAUGGUAUACGCAGACGCUCUUCAAGUCAAGCCUAUCUGGAACAACACUAGAGACAACUGCGAGGCGGCUAUCAUUCCUUGCCGAUCUAUCUGGUCAUCUGAGGGACAUAGUGCCAUGGCCGUGGGCUUAUUCGAAACGACCCUAGUACGUGGUUCAUGA